AUGGGAAGAAGAAGUAGCUGGAAUAAGUUAGUGGAUAAAUUCCAAGAGAAACUCUCCGCUUGGAAGGCCAAGUCUUUAUCGUUUGGUGGUAGGAAGAUUCUUUGUAAACCGGUUCUUGGUAGUUUGGGAGUUUAUCUUUUCUCUCUGUUUAAAGUCCCGGAAAAUGUGCUUAACACCCUUGAAAGCCUUAGGAACCAAUUCAUUUGGGGCUGGACUGGACAGAGUAGGAAAAUUAUCUGGGUUAGGUGGAAUGUUACUUGUAACUCAAUGGUUAAAGGUGGUAUUGGUAUCGGUAGUUUAAAGACGCUCAAUUGGAGUCUUCUUGCUAAGUGGUGGUCAAGGUUUCUAAACGAAGAGGGUAGUCUCUGGAGAGAUUGUAUAAAGGCGUUUCAUGGUGCCAGAGGGGGUAUUUUUAGUGACGGUUGUAAGAAACCGGGUGUAUGGGGAGCUAUUACUAAGUGGGAUAUUCUCAUCCGAAAAGUUGGGUUGAAUGUUAACAAUUUCUGGUCGGUUGAUAUCAAUGGCAUUCGUCGAUGGACUCUAUCCGAGGACGGGGUUUUCUCGGUUAAGACGUGUCGGGGAAAGAUCGAGGAAGGGGUUUUACAAUCUGAUGGAAGGGUAACGAAGUGGAACAAAUUAGUGCCCGGUAAAGUGAAUAUGCCUAUCUGGCGUCUUUCAAAGUCUAGACUCCCCACUAGAUAUAAUCUCUCAUUAAGAGGUGUCCGUGUGAGCUCAGUUCUCUGUCCAUGUUGCCUAAGCCAGCCAGAAACGGAAGGUCAUCUCUUGUUUGGUUGUUCGACUACAAAGGUGAUCGGUGCGUAUGUAAAGAAUUGGUGGUCGGGUUUUCCUUGUCAAGCUACCAAUUUGGCGGAAUUUUUUUCUGCAGCACAAUUUCCUUUCAAAGGGAAGAAGGUUAAGGAGGUUUUGGAAGUAAUUCUCAUGGCGUUCAUUUGGAUGCUUUGGACGAAUCAAAAUGUGUUGGUCUUCAAUAAACCCGUUAAAAACCCGUUGGUGAUUUACAAGGAAAUUGUGCUCUUUUUGUUUAAUUGGAUUAGACUUAGAUCGAAGUCUUGUAAUUCUCUUGAUUGGAAUGUUUGGUGUAUCAGCCCUUUAACGACUCUUUUGUAA